AAAUGAAUCAACUGAAAAAACAUAUUUCUGUCAAAUGCAUCAAUUUUAACACUUAAUCUACUAACACUCGUACUAGGAGUAUCUCAAAUUAGGUUUCCAAGAAUUCAACAGACCGCUCUAGAUCUGUAAGCAAAUUAUGUCCAGCCAUUAAGUAGCAUAGCUAUAUUAAUUAUUAGAUUGCCUGUUCCUACCAAAAAUUCAGAGUCAGUCUCUAUGUCUAAUUCAAAACCAGUUUCCAAAUUGGGAAAAGUGAAAAUUGAUCUUGGAAAUAAGGCAACAUCGAGAAGUUAGCAAACAACUCAAAAAUCACGUUCCAACAGCCAAAUCAGCAAAGAAGAGAGCUUUCCAAAGAUGCUACCUGAUUUUGGCAGAAUGGAGACGGAACUCUUGGAUUGCCAAGAUUUCAUGCUACAAUUACCCGAUAUACAGUUUCCCACAACUGAAGACAUAAUGAAGGAGCGAAUAAUUCUUGCCAACCGAAUUGCUUAUACUGUCAAGACAAAGAAACGCAUUCCAAUCACAACACCUGAUUUUUAUAAGGUAUCGCAUCUCUAACCUUAGUAAGAUAGCUCUGCUACGUGAUAGGCAAGGGAGCAUUUGCAAAAGUAUGCUUGGGUAUCCAAAUAUUAACUGGAGCAAAGGUGGCCAUGAAGAUAAUUGAAAAAUCAACACUUAAAACAGAAAGUGCUAAAAAAAGAUUGUUGUUAGUAAUUACUUAUAUCUAUCUAUUUUUAAGGAAAUUACACUCAUGAAAAUCCUUUAGUAAUACCAAUAGUUUGCUUCACUUUUUGAAGUCUUCGAGACAAAAAAGCAGAUCUAUAUCAUAAUGGAAUAUGUUGAAGGAGGAGACUUGAUGAAAUGGACAAAAGAGAAGCCUAUUCCAGAAGGAUAGGCCAAGAAUCUAUUUAGUCAGUUGAUUUUGGCUUUAUAGAUACUUUAAAGUCAUAAUAUCCUGCAUAGAGAUAUUAAAUUAGAUAACAUACUACUUUAGGGGGAGUAAAUAAAGAUAUGCGAUUUUGGAGUGAGCAGGCAAAUUAUCAAGGGAUAAAAGAUAUUGGAACAAUGUGGAACUCCUGCUUAUUUGGCACCAGAAGUGAUAUCCAAUAAAGCAGGAUAUGAAGGAUUUGCAAGUGAUAUAUGGAGUUCAGGAGUUCUCCUUUACAUUUUGCUUGUCGGUAAAGUACCAUUCAAAGGAAAUAAUAUGAAUGAAUUGAAUCACAAUAUUUAAAAUGGCUUGCUUAAUUUUAUGGAAAUGAAGAAAUUAAACUUAUCAAAUGAUGCUGUUGGUAUUGUUAUAUUAAUAUGUCUAUUAGAUCUUAUAAAGUCGAUAUUAAAUGUGAACCCUAAAUUGAGAAUAACAUCAACUGAAAUUCUGAAUCAUCCUUGGCUGAAAGAGUUAAAUUUGAAAUCGAAUAAAGUGUCAACAUAAAAUUCUAAUCUAGAUUUGAGAGUUAUUUCUUAAAUAGAGUAAUUUGGCUAUUCAAGGGAGUUUAUUAUUAAAAGUUUGUAGAAAUAGACACUUUGUCAUAUCAAUGCAAUGUAUUCAAUUUUAACUAAAGUUUAAAAAUGA